CUUCUAGUUUAUUCGUGAUCUAUUUUCAUUGCAAGUUAGUUGUUCUCCUAAAUCAAACAUACAUCGACUUGGCUAGCUUACAUGUUAGAUUUCUAGAUUGAUUUCACACUUGAUUUUCCAUAUACACCGUCCCGUGAGACGAUAUCCGACACUUCCAUAUCCCGACACCCGAUGAGCAUUAUUGUGAAAAUAACUCGUCAGCAUCCCACUAGAUUGAAGGCAUUGAUGCGCAAUCGUGCAGGUUAUUAAUUUGUAUCUCUAUUUAUAAUGUUUUAAUUAAAUUUAUUGCGUACUUAUUUAUUUUUUGUUUCAUGGCAAUUGGCAGCUAACAACCCACUACCUAUCCAAUUUAAUUCCAAGGGGAAAGCAAUGGGCCCAAACAGGAAGUUGUUUGUUAGUUUUGUGGCCCUCCAAGGAAGGAUGAGAGCUUGUAUAACAAUCUCAGAAUGGGAAGCGGUUGAGGAGGGAGUUAAGAACAAGAUCUGGGAAGCUAUUCGGCUCACCUUUGAGGUCCCUAAUGAUCCAGUACUGAGGAGAAAAUGGAUUGGAUAUGCUGGUAGCCAGUGGACGGGUUUCAAGACUUUUUUGACGUCAACAUACAUAGUUGGCGCUCGACGUGGGCAAGAUCCAACGGUGAAGUAUAAGUGGAUUGAAACUUGAAAAAAGUUUGUCCUAAGCCGACAAGACCCUGUUUUUCUGGAGCGUCGAAGGAAAGCACAAGAAAUUAAGGCACGUAAUGAUUGUCCCCACAGGUUAUCACGGGGUGGGUACGAGUUGCUUGAAGAAAAGAUGAUGGCAGAAAAAUUGGAACUGCAACAAAAAGCCUCAAAGUUUGAUUCUUCUGUGGUUUUAAAACCUCCUUCUCCCAUCAAGUGCCAUCAUAAAUGGAAGAGAGGUCGUAUUAGAUCAAAUGGCCAAUAUACCUUCAAGAGGGCGCGUGAAAUUGCAGAAAAAAUCAGUACCUUAGAGCAAGAGGAAAAUCAAGGAACAUUUGUUCCCCUAUGUCGUGAUGACAUCUUAACAACAGCUAUUGGAUGCCCUGAGCACCCUGGACGUGUACGUGCUGUUGGAGCAGGUGUUUGCAUUCAUGAAGUAUUUCCAAACACAGGACGCCAAAGAAACACGUCCCCGGCUUUAACCAAGCAUGAUGUUGAUAUGAUAAAAAAAGAAGUGCGAGAUGAGGUGACACAAGAGGUGACUGAAAAUUUGUCAAAGAUGUUCGACCAGAAACUUCGGGAUGAGCUGAACUUCGGGAUGAGCUGCUGAAGCUGGGAUUUAACACACAUCAAGAACCACAUAGAGAGGCAUGUCCCAGUCCUUCUCCCGCACAUGUGAGUACAAAGGGAAGCAAUGCUCCACUUGAUUUGUCUGGGUCUGAGUGUGAUGAUGAUGACGAUGUGUCUAGGUCUGAGUCUGAUCAUGAUGAUGAGAUUUCUCGCCUUUAUGUCGACACUCAUUUUCACCUAGUAGCCAUGGCAAAGGUACACAACCUGGGCGCUACUAUACACCAUCAAAAAAUAGCUGCAGAUUUUGUUAGGGUGGAGAUGGUAGAGGUUAUAUAUGCACUUGCAUUGGUUCCUAUUGCCACGGAUGAAGUUCAAAAUGUGGAACAGGCUCCCAAACAAUUCAUUCAGUGGCCAAGACGAUUAAUUAAUCCCAAUAAUAAGAAUAAACGAGCAUACCAAAAGGUGAUAAAUGACACUAUUUUUCACUCUUCUUUACAUGAAAUCCUUAUUAUGCAAGGUAAGAUGUCGGAUCGGAUCACCACCUUCAAACAAUAAUAAAUCAUUGAGCAAUGCCACAACCAGUGUGGGCUUCUGACCCAUUGUGAAUCAGACUUGCUAUUUUGGGCUUAUAAUUCAACAUGGAUCAAUACUAGUUAGCUUUAGAGAAGAAAAAGAAAUACUAGUAAAUUAUUGGAUGUUUGCCUUUCUAUUUUGGGAUUUAUCAUCAACGAGAAGCACAUGUGUACAAUUGUUAGAAUAAUUUGUUGAAUGCUUGAUUACAGGGUAAUAGAUUACAACAACAUAUAAAAAACUGCCAUCUGACAAAUGUUCCUUUCAAUUUUCCUUUCGAGACUGCAAUAUUGGUGCAAUUCUCACUAGAGUUUCACUAUUUUUCACUCUUCUUGUUGUUUAGGAUGAUGACAAUGACCAAGUGGGUGUUCCCAAUGAGCGCAAGGAUCCAAUAUCGCGCUUGCUGGAAAUGACACAAAAUCGUCCCCGCAACAGUGACACUAUAUUUAGUGUCGCUAGCCCCCACUUUCCCCGACGCUUUUUAAGUGUCGCAAAAAGUUUCAGCGACACUAAAUUAGUGUUACUAUAGGCCCUUUUUCUACUAGUGUCUCCCUUUUUCUUAGUUCAGAGGAGAUAAUGGAUAUGUGUUUGGGUAAUCAAAUGCUCGGUACAGAGGUUAUGCGAGUCUGGAUAAUGUGAGUUGAGAUUUAUUAUGUUCUGAAUGUCAGGAUCUGCUUUUAUUUAUACCCUAUUGUUGGAUUAGAAAGGAAAAACUAAUCACUCAAACUUCAAAAAUUUAAAGUUAAUUCUUUUUCCCUUUUGGUAUUGAUAAAUCUAGAAAUGUAUAGCUGGUUGCAGAAACAAAGUAAAUAUGGAAGUACAAAAAACUGGAAACAAGGAAAUAGAAACAAACAAUAUAAUUAAUAGCUCCUUACAGGUUCAAUAGGACUUUUUGUAGAGAAACUAUUACCAAGAGAAUGAUCAAAAUGUGUCUAUAGAAAGUAGAUCCCUGCAGCUCACUGGUUCUAUGUAAUCUUCUGGGGUCAUCACUUUUCAAAGUCCAUGUUAUUCUUAAAUUACAUGUAGGUACUUGCACAAAUUGUGUACUAAAAAGAACAACAAAUACUUGUAUGGAUUCUUUGACCCUCACACCAUUCAAGAUGUGGGAAACAAGCGUGAUGAAACCCAAACCUACAUACUAACUCACCUCAAGGACAACAAGGACUGCUAUCUAGUUCCAUAUUACUAUCCGUAAGUACAAGCUUAUGAUUAAACUUAAGUAAUAUCUAAAUAAUCAUCACAAAUUGUUUCAAUUUCAGUAACCACUGGCAGCUAUUCGUAUUGUGUCCUAAGCAAAACCUUACUGUGUUCUUGUGCUCUUUGGGGAAUAAGCCAAAGACAAAUGUGAAGAGUGUUUUUGAUAUGACAAUGCAAGCACAUCAAAUAACAAAAAAUACGAGGAAUUUCAAACCAAGAUGGAUUAAGUCGAUUUCUAGAAUGCAAAGGGGUACCUAUGAGUCUGGGUAUUAUGUUAUGAGGCAUAUGGAGACUAUAAUAUCUGCAGUCGUUGUUGAUUCACGGAUUGAGACAUUCAAUGUUCAAGAGUCAUUUAGUCCACAAGAUAUUACCAAGACAAGAGAGCAUUGGGCGUCAUUUGUUUGUGACACCACAAGCAGUACGGGUUGCUAUUAACAAAUAUGGUUCUCUUUUAUGUCUAGAAUGAAUGGUGUUGGUUUCAUGUGAAACUUUGUACUUUUGACUUGCAAGAACCUUUGAAACUUUUGUAGUUUUUGCUUGCAUGAACUUGUGAAACUUUGCAGUUUUGGCUUGGAUUGAUUGGUGCUAGUACUAUGUGGAACACUGAAUUUUGCUACAAUUAUCAAUAUAUUUGCCAUAACUCUCAUUUAAUGAUC